UGUUUGGUGGAGAAAAACUUUUCAUCUCGUAAAGAAAUAAUAAAGAUGCGGCUCCUAUCGCUUAUUUUUCUUAAUAUUCAAAUAAUACACGUACAACUACGACUGUUCAGAUCUACGAUCUGAAAUACUACAAUUACUUGUGAUACGUUUAAGCGAGAGUAAUCGAUAUGGCACAAGAAAGUACAGAUAAGUUAAUCAGAGAAGAUUUUGACGCAGGUCCCUCAAGUUACGAUGAAAUUAUUCCUGGUUUAUUUCUUGGGAAUCUUACAGCUGCUACAGAUAUUGAAUGGUUAAGAGAAGCUAAAAUAAACUACAUACUUACUGUAGAUUCUUGUCCUCUUCCUAGAAAGAUCCAAGAGCUUUUACCAAAUUUGACUAUAAAAUACAUUCAAGUUACCGAUAUGCCACGUGAAGAUCUGCUGACCCACUUUGAAGAUUCGUACGAAUUUAUAGAUCAUACUCUACAGGUAAACGACAAAAUAUUGGUACACUGUUACUUUGGUGUCUCUAGAUCAGCAACAAUUGUUAUUGCAUAUUUAAUGAAAAAAUAUGGCAAGAGUUUCAUCGAUACAUUUGAAGCAGUGAGAGAAAAGAGACGGUUCGUUGGACCGAAUGCAGGGUUUCUAGCACAGUUGAAACUUUACGAAGCAAUGGGUUUUGGGAUAGACAAUACGAAUGUACAAUUUAAAAUGUACAGGUUACAAAUAGCGGCGGACAAGGUGCGAAAAGCAAAAAUUUUACCACAAAACUGUGCAGAACUGAUAAAACCAGAUCCAGCUCUGGCUACGGUACGUCCAGAACCAACGGUUUAUCGUUGCAAAAAGUGUCGAAGGAUCGUAGCCAGCGCUAGCAACAUUCUGCCGCACAUGCCGAAGGAGAAACAAAUUUGGAGACAUAUAAGUUCGAAAAAAACGUCUAAACAAUCAAAAAGUUCGCACGAGCCUUUAGGACCGUUAGAGCGGAACAAAGAGGAGCAACAACCGGUAGAAUUUUGUACGAAAAUACUGUUCGUGGAGCCGUUGGCUUGGAUGCCCGAUAUAACGCACAACGUAGAGGGAAAGUUGAAUUGUCCAAAGUGCAGUACAAAGUUGGGCUCCUUCAGUUGGAUAGCAGGUAGCCAGUGUCCGUGUGGUAGCAAAAUAGCGCCUGCAUUUUAUCUGGUUCCUUCGAAAGUGGAUUGGAGCAAUGCUGUGCAGAAUGUACAAGUAACGGUAUAG